AUGGAGAGCCUUAAGAAAUUUUAUAAGGAAUGUCAGGAAACCAAGACUCGGGAGGAGAUGACACAUUACUACGACUCUUGGAGUAUGUUGUAUGAGAAGGAACUUAACCUGGCGGAUUAUCGCGGUCCAUUUAUGGUUGCCAACGCCUUGGCUGCAUUAUACCCCGAGGAUCGAGAGAACGUUCACGUCCUUGAUGUUGCAGCUGGCACAGGUUUUGUUGGUGAACAGCUAGCCAAACAAGGAUUUGUCCAGAUAGACGCUUUAGAUCCUUCUGAAGGAAUGUUAGCUCAAGCAAAAGAAAAGGGCAUUUAUCAAACGCUAAUAUGUGAGUAUCUUGAUGGAAACCAACUUGAUAUUGCAGCAGGUUCCUAUGAUGUCAUCACUAUAUCUGGAGCUUGUAACAACGGGCACCUGACAUGUGAAUGCCUACUUGAAGUCGUCCGACUUGUUAAACAAGGCGGCUUCUUUGUGUUGUGCACGCGUCCUUGUCUUCUAAACAGAAAUGAAAGCAAACAGCAUUUCGAAACAUGGAUGGACGAUAUUGAGAAAGAAGGAAAAUGGAAAAUGGUCCGUAAGGAUAUUCUACCUAAAUAUUUAAAAGAUGAAGACGGCAUUAUCUUUGUAUAUCAAAUGAUGUAA